UCAAGCAGAGAAAUCGCGUUUGACAUGACAAUGACAUUUGUUGACUUAUAAAUGUUUUCGUACUUUAUCUAAAAUAAAAUAAAUAAAAGAAAAAUAAUGAGCUACAACACAGACAAACACGACACACCACCAACAAAGGAAGACUGGUUGAUGAUACUAGAGGACAACGAUCUCGGCCGGAGCAGCAUGAACAAACUUAUCAUGAAUUAUCUAGUCACAGAGGGGUUCAAAGAAGCCGCUGAGAAGUUUCAACAGGAGUCGGGGGUUAUUCCUUCUGUAGAACUUCAUUCUCUGGAUGACAGGAUUAGGAUUCGAGACGCCAUUAUGACUGGGAAGAUUCAGGAAGCUACAGCAUUGAUAAAUCAACUGCAUCCAGAGUUAUUGGACAAUGAUAGAUAUCUUUAUUUUCAUUUACAACAACUACAUCUUAUAGAAUUAAUUAGAAAUAAUAGAAUAGAAGAGGCCCUGGCCUUUGCCCAAAGUCAUCUCAGUGAAGCCGGCGAAGAAGAUCCAUCUGUACUCUCAGAAUUAGAAAGAACAGUAGCUCUUUUAGCAUUUGAAGAACCUCUUUCAUCUCCAUUUGGGGAUUUGUUAGCUCCCUCACACAGACAGAAGGUUGCCAGUGAAGUAAAUGCAGCUAUUUUAAAAAUGGAACAUCAGGAGAACACCGCACCACAGGUUUCUACACUUCUCAAACUCAUUUUGUGGGGACAGGACAAGUUAACGAAGAGGAACGUCAAGUAUCCAAAAAUGGUAGAUCUAGCUUCAGCAAAGAUUGAUGAUCAUAAAUAAAUGAAAUUCUUAUUAAUAUAUUUUAUGAAUGGUGUGUCAAUGAAUAUUUUAACAAAGAAUGUUUUAAAUUUUGUAUAUAUUCAGAAUUUUUUUUGUUCUUAGUCAUUCAACAUUAAGUUAAUUCAAUUUUGACUUUUUUCCUGUUCAUAAAUAAUUGUCUUGAUUGAUAUAUUUGAAAUCCAUCCACAUAUUUAUAUUACUUAUGAGAAACUUUUAGAUGACGUUUGAGUAAUCUUCGUCGUUUUUUUUUUUCAUUUGAUGCAUUAUGUAGGUAUAGGUAUCAGCCUGUUCAAUUUAAUUUUAUGAUUUCUACGAUACAAUGCGGAUGAGUCAAAUCCUUUAUAACCCAUCAUUAAGAAACAACUCUGGAGUAAGAAGUACAAAACCUUUUGACUUUAAAUUAUUUAGCCAAAAAAAGCUUUUAACCUUCCGAUGACCAACCUUUUUUUGUUACACGGAUGACCAACGGGGGUAAAAAAUGACCCCAGGUCAAAAAUGACCUGUACUAUUUCAUCUUGUAUAUCAUCAUAAAAAUCGCUAGCAGUAACAAUUUCGUUUAUUUGGACGAAAGGACAUUGCGGAGUCGAAGGUAAUGAAAUUGCGGAUAUAGCCGCAAAAAGUAGUCACAGUUGCCACCAUAUUGACAAAGUAUUUAAUUUAAAAGAUUUGAAUAAUGCUCUCAAACCUAAUAUCAGAAGGAAAUGGGAAACUGAUUACAAAAGAAUUGCAAGUAAAUCUACAAACCAUUAUUUCAGAAUUCACCCUACACUUCCAAAAAACAUUCCUCAUUUCACCUUUAAUUAUAAUAGAGCACACAUGUCAGUAUUGACUCGUUUAAAAUUGAACCAUGCUCGCUUUCCAUCUCACUUAUAUAAAAUUGGAAUACUUAACUCCCCUGUCUGUAGUUGUGACAAUAUAUCCAUUGGUGAUCUAAAUCAUAUAUUUCUAGAAUGUUCUCUUAACUCUCAAUCUUCUUCAAUUCUGUAUCAAGAACUAAUUCAUCACGAGUGUCCAUUGCCACUAAAUAUUACAGCUCUCCUUUCUUCCUCAGAUAAAGCGGUACUAGAUUCCAUCAUUAAUUUUAUCAGAAAUUCAAAAAUAGCGGUAUAGUUUAGAAAUAGACAAUAUGAAAUCAUUUAAUGUAAUUAAGAAUUUACAUGUUUUGUGGCAAAUAGAUUUUGUCUGAUGCCAGGAUCUCUCACACACACACACACAAUUUCCUGUAACAGCCUCAGUAAGAUAUUUGCGGCCCAUAUCUUAUAUGUACACAAAAUACUAAGAAACUAUAAUAAUAUACGUCAGGAAACAGUGGCGGCUCGUCAGAGGAGGCAAGGGAGGCUCGGCCUCCCCAUAAAUUUUUUACACACUCUAUACUGUUUUGUUUAUCAUGAAUCGCGAAAACAACAAUUACUCUCACUAUUAUACAACGUGUAAAUUCCAUAUUAUCACUAAUUAUCCAUACGUACGGAGCAUUAGCAUUAGAACGCAUGAUCGCGUCUCAGUUUUAUUACAUAUUAUUGUAGGCAGGACCCUGAGUUAUCCCGAGAUGCAUGAACGGAACAUGGAGCCGAGAAGCCCAACAGUCUCCCUUGCUAAUGCUCCGUGCAGCGCAGCAGCCGUUUAAGGAGACCCGGUCUCCUAACAGUGGCAUCUACGGCGGCAUCACACGCUGCCCGGAGAUAUACCAAGGGAGGCAGAGUACUUUCUCAGCUCCGUUGGGUGGUUGGUUGGAUGCGUCUCGGGACAACGAAUUUUAGGGUCCUGGCUAAAAAUAAUGAAAAAUCUAAAAGUGCGAAUUUUGUUAUGAAAUUUGGUAUGUGGGGUUAUAAUAAUAUUUGAAACAACUUGCUCAAAUAACUUUUUCCGAUAUCUCUAACUCAAAGCAAAAUAUCGGUAAUUUAUCGUGUUUUUGAAUUCGCAGUAGGCCGCGUUUAGAAUUAAAAAAAUUCAGUUGAGUAUCUUAAAAAAUUUUAAGCUUCAUUAUGUAUGGACGGCAAAACUUCAAAUCUGUAUUUAUUUUGAUAUGCAUAGGUAUCUAUUUACAAAUAGAUGGAAUUGUUAACAAAUAAACUACACAAACUUUGGUAUUAAACUUUUACUAUUAGACUAACUAUUUUUAAAAUGAUAUGAUAUCAUGAAAUUAUGAAUUAGGAUGAUAUUAUGAAAUGUAAAUAAAAAAUGGUCAAAAGAUUGGGCCUUAAAUUACAUUUUUUGGCGCUAGUGCAAAUUUGUCUAGAUAUUUUACAGUUAGGUAUAGCCUCCCCUAUUGUAAAAAUCACGAGCCGCCACUGCCAGGAAAUAAUAAUAAUGACUAACCGUAGCAGACAGGAAUGUCAUGACUCGUACAUAACAGGUACCACAGUUUAAAAAUAGAUUUUGAUAACGCGCAGUGUAAAACUACUUUGAAUUCCACAUAAUAGACGGUAUUUUACUAAACAUCAACUUCAGAAUAUAUUUUUUUAUUCAUAAAAUAUAGGGAAUUUUUUUUAUUUCAAAAUAUGAGGAUAUCUAGAAUGAUAUUACAGUCAAAUAAAAAAAAUAAUGAGUUAAAAAUUGAAAAUACUUUUGAAUUUAUUAAAGAAAAACAUACGCUGGGGUUCAAAUUUACCCCCUUGGUCAUCCGAAGGUUAACCAAAUCCACAUUUACUUAACUUUUGGCAAAAAUUACAAUUAGUAACAUUUUCAGUUGUUGUUAUUCUAUAUCGCCGCAUAAACUACUAAUUGAAUUAAUUUGUUUCAUAUUCUUUAUCAUCAUAAAGGGUAAAGGGUAAAGUUACAAGGGAACAAAUCCUGAACCUGAGACAACUCAUUGAAAAGUCUAGAGAAUUUCAAGUACCUAUGAUUAUAUGCUUCGUUGACUACCAAAAGGCAUUUGAUUGUGUAAGCUGGAUAAAUCUGUGGUCAAUUUUAAUAGAAAUGGGCGCACCAAUGCGCCUGGUGACACUUAUUAAAAAUCUGUACCAGUCUAAUAUAGCGACAGUACGACUAGAUCAGAAGUUCUCAAACCAAUUCAAGACCGAGAGAGGUGUUAGACAAGGAUGCGUGUUGUCACCUGACUUAUUUAACAUUUAUGGUGAACAUGUCAUGAGGAUGGUUUUAGAAGGAUGGGCCGGUGGAGUAACAGUAGCUGGUAGGAAAAUCUCCAAUUUAAGAUUUGCUGAUGACACUACACUUAUAGCAGCAAAUGAGCAAGAAAUGUUAGAUCUUCUGCGAAGAGUUGAGUACGAAAGCAAUAAAGUUGGUCUGAAAAUCAAUAAAGCUGAGACAAAAAUAAUGGUGGUUGACAGAUUUGACACUAUUCAACUGACUAACAUAUUACAGGAAUACCAGAUAGUAAACAUCUUUGUCUAUCUCGGGUCUAGUAUAACUAACGAUGGUAACUGUGAAGCAGAAGUUCGGAGACGUAUUGGAAUGGCAAAAAAUGCGAUGAGUCGCCUAACUAAAGUUUGGAAAGACAGAUCUAUCUCUCAAAAUAUCAAGAUGAGACUGGUGAAUGCCCUUGUAUUCUCAAUAUUUCUAUACGGAGCAGAGACUUGGACUCUUCGCGCAUGCGAGCGCCAAAAAAUUGAUGCCUUUGAGAUGUGGUGCUGGAGAAGAAUGCUGCGAUACCUUGGACAGCUCAUAGGACCAACAUUUCCAUUUUAAACCAACUCAAUAUUAAAAAAAGGCUGUCCACAUUAUGUCUGCAACGAAUUCUGCAAUUCUUUGGUCACGUGGUUCGAAGAGGUGACGACAGUUUGGAGAGAUUAAUUGUUUCGGGGAGAAGAUCUAGAGGACGAUCACCGACUAGAUGGUCUGACCAAAUACGAAGCUCUUAGAGCAGCUGAAGAUUGAGACCAAUGGAGAAACAUUGUUAGGAAUAUUGGAAGAAAUCACGAUCCUCAGUAAUGGGGAAACGACAGGAGAGAGAGAGAGAGAGAUCAUCAUCAACGCCUAUCAAUCCGGAUGGAAUGUUUGCCUUUGUUACUUAGAGCUCUCUGAUUCGCUUAUUGCGGUGAAUCACUCCGCAUUCCCCUUAGAUAAGCAGUACAUACAGAGAGUAUCGACAAUGCAUUGAGUUCUGUUACAUCUUCUUGUAGCUCCUUUUGCUAUCUGAGGUUGGCUAUCAUCACAGCUAUCCGUACCUUAUUGGCGGCUGCUCUGAAAAGAUCUACUGUGCUGCAACUAUACCAUUCAGCCAGGAAAUUCUUCUACAUAUGGAUCUUUUCCCCUUAAUUUUGCCCUGCAUUAUGAGCCAUAAUAUUUCAUAUUUUGCACCUCUAGUAAUGUGGCCCAAAUAUUCCAGCUUUCUUGUUUUGAUGUUCUUUAUCUCGCAAUCCUUUUGUAGCCUUUUUAACACUUGUGUAUCGUAACUCGUUGGAUCCAUGGUAGUUUCAAAAUCCUUCUAUAGCACCACAUCUCAAAUGCUUCCAACUUCUUUUAGUGUCCAGCUUUCCAUUCCACUAAACAAAGUCGAGAACACGCAGCAUAUUAAGGCUCUUAUUCUCAGCUCCAGAGGAAGGUCUCAAUUAACAAGCAUUUUUUUUUAAUGUUACAUACUUAUCGCAAAAAAACGUCCAGAUUCUCUAAUUUAUAACAACCCACUAAUUGAUCAUUGAUGCACCAUCCAAUGUUAUUUAUUUAGAUGGGGAUAAUAAUAUAUAAUAUUUGACUCUUUUCUAAUGUAUGUAGUUAAAAUAUGUGUAACAAAAAUUGUAAAAAAUUUGUGAAUUUUAGACUGUGAACUUUUAUACUUUUAUCGGUAUAUUGUAGUUAAGUUGAAUAUAUUUUUUUUUCUAUGCAAAUAA